GCUUGUGUGCGCCGGCGGCCGCGGCUGUUGGGGCUCCUUCUCGGUCUCCGCUCGUCCGGGCGCCGCUCGCCCCUCGCCCGCCCGUCCCCGCGGGGCUAUGAAGCCCUAGAGCCCCCCCGGGCCGUAGCAACCGUUCGCCGCCAGCAUGUUCGGGCGCUCCCGGAGCUGGGUGGGCGGCGGGCACGGGAAGGCCGCCCGCAGCAUCCACUCCUUGGACCACCUCAAGUACAUGUAUCAUGUUUUGACUAAAAAUACAACAGUAACAGAUCACAAUCGUAACCUGCUGGUAGAGACUAUUCGUUCUAUAACAGAGAUCCUUAUAUGGGGGGAUCAGAAUGACAGCUCAGUAUUUGACUUUUUCUUGGAGAAGAAUAUGUUUGUUUUUUUCUUGAACAUCUUGCGUCAGAAGUCUGGUCGUUACGUGUGUGUACAGCUUCUGCAGACUCUGAACAUCCUUUUUGAGAACAUCAGUCAUGAAACAUCACUGUACUACCUGCUCUCCAAUAACUAUGUGAAUUCUAUUAUUGUCCACAAAUUUGACUUUUCUGAUGAGGAGAUCAUGGCAUAUUACAUAUCAUUUUUGAAAACACUUUCCCUGAAACUCAACAAUCAUACUGUACAUUUCUUUUAUAAUGAGCACACUAAUGAUUUCGCUUUGUACACUGAAGCUAUUAAAUUUUUUAACCACCCAGAAAGCAUGGUCAGGAUUGCUGUUCGGACUAUAACUUUAAAUGUCUACAAAGUGUCAUUGGACAACCAACCUAUGCUGCAUUACAUUAGAGAUAAAACUGCUGUCCCUUAUUUCUCCAACCUUGUUUGGUUUAUUGGAAGCCACGUGAUAGAACUGGAUAACUGUGUGCAGACUGAUGAAGAGCACAGAAAUAGGGGCAAACUGAGUGACCUGGUAGCAGAACAUCUUGAUCAUUUACAUUACCUUAAUGAUAUCCUUAUCAUUAAUUGUGAAUUUUUAAAUGAUGUGCUGACAGACCACCUACUUAAUAGGCUCUUUCUUCCCCUCUACGUGUAUUCAUUAGUAAAUCAAGAUAAGGGUGGAGAGCGUCCAAAAAUAAGUCUCCAAGUUUCUCUCUAUCUUCUUUCUCAAGUUUUUCUAAUUAUACAUUAUGCCCCUUUGGUGAACUCAUUGGCUGAGGUUAUACUUAAUGGUGACCUCUCGGUGUUUUCUUCUAAAGUUGAGCAAGAUAUACAGAAAAACUCAGCAAAGUCGAGCAUCAGAUGUUUCAUAAAACCAACAGAAACACUUGAGAGGUCUCUUGAAAUUAACAAACAGAAGGGGAAGAAGAGGGUGCAGAAAAGACCCAACUAUAAGAAUGUUGGUGAAGAAGAUGAAGAGGAGAGAGGAUCUGAAGAUAACCAAGAUGACCUAGAUAAAACUAAAGGUACAGAAGCGAGUUCAAAGGGCAUCAGAACAAGCAGUGAAAAUGAAGAAAUAGAGAUGGUAAUCAUGGAGAGAUGUAAACUGUCGGAAUUGUCUAUCUCUACUGUGACAGAACAGAAUACAACAGAUGAAGAAAAGAGUGCAGCUGCCUCUGGGAGUGAGAUAACAAACUGGAACAGGCCUUUUCUUGAUAUGGUCUAUAAUGCACUGGACUGUGCUGAAGAUGAUUACUAUGCCCUCUUUGUGCUCUGUCUUCUAUAUGCAAUGUCACACAACAAAGGAAUUGACCCAGUCAAGCUGGAGAGAAUUCAACUUCCAGCUCAACAUGCUGAAGAGAGAAAUUCAUAUAAUCAUGUACUUGCAGAAGGGCUUAUCAGGAUAAUGAAUUAUGCUGCACAACCAGAUGGAAAAAUCCGUUUGGCAACUUUAGAACUUGGCUGCCUGUUGCUAAAGCAGCUUGUGUUUUCUAAAAAUGGCAGCAUCAUAAAAGAUGUUCACCUUGCUUGCCUUGAGGGUGCGAGGGAAGAAAGUGUUCAUCUCCUUCGUCGUUUCUAUAAGGGAGAAGAAAUUUUUCUGGAUAUGUUUGAAGAUGAAUACCGGAGUAUGACAAUUAAACCCAUGAAUGUAGAGUAUUUGAUGAUGGAUGCCUCAAUCUUGUUGCCUCCAACGGGGACACCACUGACUGGUAUUGAUUUUGUGAAAAGAUUGCCUUGUGGAGAUGUGGAAAGAACACGAAGAGCAAUCAGAGUUUUCUUUAUGCUCCGUUCACUAUCACUGCACUUGCAAGAUGAGCCAGAAACUCAGUUACCACUCACAAGGGAGGAAGAUCUGAUAAAGACAGAUGAUGUUCUUGACUUGAACAACAGUGAUCUCAUUGCUUGUACAGUCAUAACAAAGGAUGGUGGUCAAGUUCAAAGAUUCCUGGCUGUGGAUAUUUACCAGAUGAGUUUGGUUGAGCCAGAUGUUGCCAGACUUGGAUGGGGAGUAGUUAAGUUUGCAGGCCUUUUGCAGGAUAUGCAGGUGACGGGAGUGGAGGAUGACAGUAGAGCUCUGAACAUAAUAAUUCAUAAGCCUGCCUCAAGCCCUCAUUCUAAGCCCUUCCCUAUCCUUCAAGCUACAUUUAUUUUUUCUGAUCACAUUCGCUGCAUUAUUGCAAAACAACGUCUUGCAAAAGGCCGCAUCCAAGCUCGGCGUAUGAAAAUGCAGAGAAUAGCAGCUCUCCUGGAUCUUCCUGUUCAGCCUUCAACUGAAGUUGUUAUGGGUUUUGGACACAGCUCUGCAGCUACAGCCCAACACCUUCCAUUUAGAUUUUAUGAUCAGUCACGACGUGGUAGCAGUGAUCCUACAGUGCAACGCUCUGUUUUUGCAUCUGUUGACAAAGUUCCAGGCUUUGCUGUAGCCCAGUGUAUAAAUCAGCACAAUCCAUCACCACUCUCAUCACCAUCACCUUCCAGUGGCAGUGGGAGUACCGGACGCUGUGAUUCAGUGACUGCAAGCUCAACAUCCACUCCUGCUGUACAGAGCCCAUCAGGUCUGGCAGGAAAGGACGUCGGCGGGUGUUUAGUCUGUCGGAGGCUGACAGUCACGGUGGACACUGGGUUUAGGUCUUCAAGCAGCAGCUGCAACAGAAACUCGCGCAAUAUCAAUUCAGAUGAUGCUUCAGCUCCAGAGCAGCCUCAGAUGACCAUUUCUGGUCAAAUGAUGUUGACUGAUGAAACUCUUUCAGCUGUCUCAAAGUCUAGCAAGAAUGCUGUAAAAAACAGUGACAUAGAAACAGCAAACCUGUCUCCUAGCCUGAUUCCUGCACAGCAGCCCACAAUAUCAUUAAUAACAGAUGACAAUACGGAUGCACUAAGUGUAGAGUCGCUUACACUGGUGCCACCGGUUGAUCCACACAGUAUUCGAACAUUCAGCUACAUUCCUCAGUCCUCUUUGCAAUCUGAAGUUUGCAAGGUGAAAGAGGAGGAAGAAUGUUCUGACUAAAGCCAACCUGCAGACUGUGACAAACAGUGAAACAAAUGCAACAAAAUUCUUUGUCGUUUUUCCUUUGGGAGUGCAGAUACUUGUUGAAGCCUGAGAGGCCAUCUGGUCCACAAGAAAGAGGCCCACUGAUGAAAGAGAAUGUGGGCAGCUUUUAGAGUAAACAUCAGAUGCUCAGCAUAUUUAAACUGGAGAAGAAAAAAAACCAACUUUUGAAUCUGGACGGGUUGUUUCCUAGCAAUUUCUGUUAUACAAGAACAUGAAAGUAUUUCAGAGCACCUACUUUCUUUCUGUUAUAGAGUUCCAGCUGCAGGAACCAAGUUAAUUGUAGAAGGUCUACAGUAUUAUGGCAAAGCAAAGAAAUUUUUGGAUACCUGGCUUCAGGAUAUUGUAUUGUUACUUUUCUGAAGCUGGAGACAUACCAUUCAUCAGAAAAAAUUAUAUACUGUAGUAUAGAGAUAACAUUUUCAUUUGAGACAUGGUGUGUUUUUCAGUUUGUUUUUUCUUUUUUUUAAAUCCUGAUCUCAUUCAUCUUUUGGAGGUCUGCAUGAUACCAGCAGGCUUGGCCACUUUCAGUGUUGUCUUCGUAGGGCUCCAGACUUCAAUAUUGUGUUUUCUGUGUGUAAUAUUUAUUUCAAGGUUUGAUUCAAAGCAAGAUAUAUAUCAAACAAUUCUUUAAAAGGUAAAAGCCUGAAAUUCAAUAAUAAAUGCUUAUUCAAAUUAACAUAAGGGAUUUUUUGAGACUACUUUAGUCUUUGCUUAACCAGCUACAGAGGAAAGUGAAAUAUUUUAAGAGAUUGCUAUAGCUUGUUUGUUCGCUUCUGACAGUCAAAUUGCUACACCUCUGAGGAAUGGUGAUAUCCUUUCUACUGAAGGACAACUUCUAGAAGCAGACAGAAGCAGUUUAAAGAAGUUUUUAAAAUUUUUCAUCUUCAUGUAGGAAGAAGGUCACCACAUCUAACUGAUAAUUCCUUUGCAACUCUGAAACUCAAAAGGAAAGGUAUUGUGUAGUUUUUUUCCUGUCUGGGAUAGUAUCACAGUUAAACAACAUUGCUACAUAAAAGUGAUUCUGGGUUUAUGCUUGCCUUACUUUGCUUCCUAGAUCCUGAUACCAAGUUGACAGAAAGUACUGGAAAAGUGUUGAUUAAAGUUUGGAAUGUUCUUUGCUGAUUUGAUAUGUAAUUUAACAUGAAUGGAAUUCAUGAUUUCUCAUCAAAUUCCAUGUGUGUUAAUUUGAAUUAAUAGUAAAAUGAGUAGAUUGUCAUUAUUGGUCUGCUCAUAACAUUGAGUGCUUUCUGUCUCAAAGAUUGAAGACUCCUAUUUACUUUACUUGGUAUUGUGAUUUCAGUCAUCAGUGCAAUCUGUUUCCUCAUUCUGUCUCUGCUAACAUUGAUUUCAUAACAAGUAGGUGAAUCUGAAAAGUUUUUACCUACUUCCCAGUCUCUUACUGUACCUAUUCCUGGCUGUCAGAUGGAACACUUGAAGUUAUUUUAUUUUAAAUGUUGUAUUUAUGUAUGAGAUUUGACUAAUCUGCAAGUAUAACUUUGCUUGCUUUUUCCAUCUUUUCCUUCAUGUAAUAACUUAAUAUCUGUAAAACUUCUAUACAAGGUGUCUGCUAUUGAAUGCCAGCGAUAUUUUUUUUUCUUCCCUUAUUAGCUUUUGCAUGCAGUUUUGUUGAUUUCUAGUUUCCUGUGACUUCUACUUUGUCUCAAAUUGAAUUAACCAAUAUUCUGACCAUUCCAGAGUGGCCCAAACUCUAAAUAAAUUCUGAGAGUUAGGUGUCCUCAGCACUGCUAUGGAUACUGGAUGAGAAUUUGGCAUUGCUGGAGUAAGAGCCUACUUUUUUUUUUUUGGUCAUAUGCUUAGGGUGAGUUUACACUUCAGUCACUAUUGCAGCUAAUGUACAUGUACCUCAACAAGCCUAGACAUCAGUAGCAAUUUGGGCACAAGGACCACAUAAAUUUUUAUUAGCUGAACUGAUUGCAGUCUAGACUUCCUCUAGUAUGUUGCAGCAUAACACUGUAGCCCCAGUAAUAUUCUGAAGAUCAUUAUAAAAAAUGAUGCCUUACUUAAUUUGGAAGCAUUUUAUGUUAGUUGUUAACCUUAACUCUUGACCUAGAUCAUACAAAAUGCCACUGUGCAGGCUGAAUUCCCUUAAAUAGAAUUAAUUUUAAACAAGAAAACCUUGAUCUUUAUCUAAUUUCAAAUUCAGUUCUAGCAAGAUUAGGACCAUGCACAAGGAGUCUUUUCAAUGGGUAUGCAUAAUCUCACCCUUGAGCUGUACUACACAAGAAAUGGGACAAAAGGAAAGAAAGCUGACGUGCUUUUCAUUGCCUUUGAGUGGCUUUUAAAUCUCAUGACCAGUUGUCUACUGAGAGCUUCGCAGGAAAUGACUGAGAUACUAUUAUUAGGAAAAUAGAAGACUGGGUCUCCUGUCUAGUCUGCUGCUGGUAGAGCCUUGCUGGUCAAGGGGUGGUAAGGUGUGAUGUCUUUCAGCAGUUCUGUCAAAAGCUCUCUGUAAAGGUAGAAUUACACUAGGAAAGCUCUGACUGCACCAGCUCUACCGAUGUUGUGGUGUUAUAUAAAUGGUACAACUGGUACAGACCAACCUAAAUUUCUGAAUGGUUAUGCCACAGAAGCAAUUGAUUUUUUACUUGUUUGCUUCAAAUAUUAAGGCAUAUCUGUAUACAAUUUGACUGUGCCACAUGCUGCAUUAGGAGACUUCAGAAUGUAAAAGCUUUGGAGAUGCUGAAAUAAUCAGUCAUCAGCAAUCUUUUAUCUCUGCAAGUACAGUGUUACUCAUCUACAAUUCCUUGAAGAGUAUCGUAUCUAUCUCUCCCUUAUCAGAAAAACUCAAGGGCUGUUUCCUUAUCCCCCUUUCACUGUAAAAAGGAAACUCAACCAAGAAAGCAUUAGCACAUCAGCCACAAAUGUAAUUUUUUUUCUAAACAAAAGUUGAUUUGAGUCAGUGUAACAUCACUCUUUUUAACCAAAUCUAAAUACCAAGUUACAAAUGAGAGCAGCAGCUAAUGCCAAAAUUUUGGAGAGAUGCUAAAUUCUCAGUGUUUGUAGAGGCUAUGCAUAUCUUCAGCCAGAUUCUGUUAAAAUAUAACAGUUCUAUAAUUCUCUUGCUUUUGAGAAGAGAAGCCAAAGAAGCCAAGACAUACUGAAUGUUACUUUGCUAUUUUAUGGUCUAUGUGUCUCAUUUUAUCACAUUUUACUAAUAUAUUACGUGUUUAACAGAACUAUGUGUUCCCUUCACUGUUAGGUCUCACUGCUUUUUGCUGGUCCCCUUUGCUUUUCUGUCAUCCAGUGUGCAACAAUGAACAAGACUCAAGCUUGUAAUUUGUGAAGAGAGUAAUGGCAGCAUACUCUUGGUAAUUUGGUAAAGAAGGGGAGGGAGGAAGCAUUGGUGCCCAAUUCUAAUGUCUGCUUCAACGUGGAAGUAAUGCUUGCAGUGUAAAACUUGCAUGCAAAAAUUAAUUGUUUUGCAGAAAUUCUUUGAUAUGGAAAGAAACCAAAGGUUAAGCUUCUUGCACUUCAUUUUACAAGCUGUGUGGAUUAAACCAAAUUCAUUAGAAAUGUGGUCACGUAUAUUAAUUCUAAAAGCUGUAUUUUGUUUGUGAAGUCAUGAAUUACAUACAAUAUAAGGACUGAGCUCGUUUGUAUUCUCCACUGCUAAUUUAUGAUAAACUAAAAUUCUGACUUCUCUUCCUUAAAUUAAGAUGAGCCUAAAAAAACAAGUUAUAAAAUUACACCUGUUAAAGAAGCUCCUCAACGUUCUUUGCUUUACAACACAGUUGGAAUUUUCCUUGAAGUCGCUUGGUGAGGAAAAAUUGGGAGUAUCUUCCAGAAUUCAUUUAUUCUUUUGCAAUAUUGUUGCUAAAGGACAGGUAUGUGGCAUUUAAAAACUCUUCUUCCAUAUCCAGAAUUUAAGACUCAAAUCCAGUUCAGUAUUCAGAGUUUAAGUCAGUGUCCAAUGAUUCAUAUGAACCCUUUGCCCAGUAGAGACAGAAUACAGGGGGAAAUAAUGUUCCUUUGUGGAUUUGAAGUAUUCUUGUAUGUAGAAUUUUAAAACUGAUGGUUAAAAUAGUUUAUAGCAAAAUCAGCAAUCUUUAGGAUUGAAAUUACUGUGAUUUUUUUUUUUUUUUCUAAUUAAGGAGCAAGACAUGAGCGACUAUAAUUUCCAUACUUACUGCAAGUGGCCUGGGAUGAUUACUUUAAGCAAUCUGGGAAUUCGAUCAUUGCCCUGCAAUUGAGUGUCAUUUUUACCAGUAGUAAAUUAAACUUAAAACUGUAUGCUUGAAGACAUAGGUAAGCUAUGAGACAAGCAGGUCAAACUGUAUGUAUAAGUAUGAAGCCACUUCUUAAAAGUAAACACUUUAAUCACAUGGUGCUGUCAGUGCUCUAGUGUAAUCCGUCACUCUUUUCGCUACACAUGGUAUAGGUAAAUAACUACAGAAUAGCCUAAUGAGUAGUUUCACUAACCUGCACGUAGUACUCUUCAAAAAAAAAAAAACCCCACCAUGCUAAACAUUCUGAUAUUGUAUUUGCUAAUCAGCUAAAGUUAAAUGGGGAGUUGCUUUUAAAAGAACAUUGCACAGGCAGCUGUCGUUUAGGAAACUAAGUGUUUUAGUCCUAUAGUUGAAUCAAAGAUUUGUGAGGAGACAUCAGAUGGGGGCAUCAGUGAGAUGCAGGCAUUUUGCCUCAAAGAUAAUGAGUCUCUUUGAUGAGUCUCCUUAUUAUCAGGCAACCUAAUGUUAGGCAUUUAAAUAUAUGUUGAAAAUUCUCUUCCAACUAUUACUGUCAUUCUUCUCGAAAGAGUUUUUUGGUAUGUCACUUUUUAACCAUCACUGGCCUACCCUAGGAUAUCACUAACCGGGGCACUGCACUUCGAUUAUCUAGAAGUCUUUGGAGUGGUUCUGUGUUCACCUGCUCUGUUGCUCUGACUUUUCCCAACAUGUGCAGCAUGAAUUAGAAACAUAUAAUAACUCUUACUGUCUCCUAUUGGCUUAUGAAAAGCAGAUAGUGAUCCAAGCAGAGCUUGCUAGGUUGGGAUGUUUUUAGGGGGUGGGAGGGGGGAAGCGCUUGGGGUUUUUUUUUUCCUGCUGCUCAGGAUUUUUUUGAGCAGCAACAGACAUGGGAGAUGUAGUUCUGGACUGAGUCUCAAACAGAAGGUUCUUUCAUAUGGAAACGUAUUUUUAUAUUAUAUUUGUACAGAAUUUUCCCUAUUUUGAUCUUCCCAAAUUUUUAGAUUUGCUCAUUGCUCAGAUUUUAUUUCUUUUGCAAGGUGUUAUAAAAUAUGUAUUUUAUGUUUAUUAAUGUAUUAUAAAUGUAAAGCUAAAUUUUGCUUGUCUAAUAAAUGUGCACUGUGGUGGUAUCUGUUUUAUUGUUUUGCUAACUUGAAUUCAUUUGUUCUUAAUACAAAAAGGAAAAACUUGAGUCGUUGUGACUGUCUUGUUAGCAUAAAUAAAUGUGUGGAGUGCAUUUAUUUAAAUAAAACUAACUAAAAAGGGCUUAAGAAGCAGGUAAUGACUAAGAAUACUUGUUGAUGACAAAAGUUAGAGUUGAAUAAGGUUCAGACUAAUAUAUAGUGUUCCCAGGAUUCUUUUAAGAUCAUAAUCUUAAGAUACAUGAGAUUUUUUUUCAUCUGUUGUCCAUUACUUUUGGUUUUGGGUACUCAUACUGCAGUGAGUUUAAGACAUAGUGAUUGCAAUCUGAUAAGUAUGUAUGAGGAGAUGAGAAGGUCUGAGGCUUUGUGUUUGGGAGUAUUUAAGGACUAACUGUGGCAGAAAUAUUUACAAUGCACACAAAGAUAAUUUUGCAAAGGAUUGAGGAUAGAUUCAAGUGUGUGAAUUUAUAGACUAUUAGAAUUUCUAGGAGCUUUGUUUUGCCCAGCGAUAGCACUGAAUAAUACAUUGUUACAACUCUAGGGGACCUGCUGGAAGCAUUUUAAACUUUAGGGGAUAACUUCAGGCACCUCCACUUGUGAAUAGGUAUGUUGAUAUUUUUGUUGCAAACUUUUUACUUCAUUUUCAGACGUUUUGUAAGUUUGAUUGUUUUAAGUGCAGAGGGGGAAAUGUAUUUUUCUAGAAGAAUGAAUGUACCUGGGAUUUAAACACUACAUAAAGCAUUUAAUGAACAUGAAGGACUGUCCUCCUAUGAAAUAUGUGUCAAUAAAGUUGUGUCUGAAAUGUACUUCAUUUGAAAAAAAGAAGAAAAAAAAAAAAAAAGUCCUGAACAUGCACUUACAUUUACAUGGGAAAAAGCCCAAACACAGGUGAAUUGAAUUCUGAAAUGUAUUUCUACAGGCAAUAAGUAUUAUUUAAUGUAAGUUAUGUUAGACAUUUGGAGUAAAUGUGACAAUAUCUUAUGUUAAUUAAAGAAAAAUGUAAAUAAGUGUCUGGGAAGGGAGUGAAAUUAGAAAAUAUUGGUGUAUGUUUCUGAAAUCCAGACUUCUAUAGCUGAGUCUGUAUUUGCUGGCAUUAAUCAUGUGUUAUGGCUAUUGAAAACCUGGACAAGAAUGAACAGUAGACCUUUCUUUGUAAAUGGAACUUGGCAAUAAAAAUGGUGUUACUAAGAAAA